CCGCUCUCUGCGCCCUCUUUUCAUCCACGUUGUCUUGGCGUGCUGCCGCUCGUUUCUGGCUCACCGCUGUUCAAGUACUUUCUCGUUGAAAUACUUCGAUUAAGUCGGCCAGAAAAGCACCCCAUUUAUCAACAAUGUCUGUGUACAAGGACGCCGGAAAACCCGUCGAGGACUCUCAGUCUUGGCCGGUCCAUCGCAUCAGGAUCACCCUGACCAGCCGAAAUGUCGCCAGCUUGGAGAAAGUGUGUGCCGACCUGAUCAAGGGGGCCAAGGAGAAGGAGCUAAGGGUGAAGGGCCCUGUGCGCAUGCCCACCAAAACGCUGCGCAUCACCACCCGCAAGACGCCCUGUGGUGAGGGAUCCAAGACCUGGGAUCGCUACCAGAUGCGCAUCUACAAGCGCGUCAUCGACCUCCACUCCCCCUCCGAGAUCGUCAAGCAGAUCACGUCCAUCAGCAUUGAGCCUGGCGUCGAGGUGGAGGUGACCAUCGCAGACUCCUAGGUGGACGCCGUUGUUUGUCACAUUGACAAGCAAUAAAGAGACUGACCUCGACAGCAUUGUUGAUGA